UUGAAUAUCACCUUUUAAAUACAGAGGUAUAUCAACUAAAUUCUCAUUCUCGAAAAAUGAGUGUAAUAGUAAAUAUGUUCUGUCUAAUAUUUCUUGUGCUUUUAACGUCUUACAUGAUAGUGUCGGACGAAAUUGAGCCCAGAGUUAUAUCUCAAGAAGUUAUUAUUUGCGAAGGUUCCCGUAAUAAAAUUGAAUGUCCGAAAGACUUGAAAAUUGCAAUAACAUCGGUAUUUUAUGGAAAUUCUGGUUCAAAUACAUGUGGUAGUAGAAAAAAUCCUCACUGUUAUGAACCAACAGCUUUAAGUGUCGUGCAUGAUAAAUGUAAUAAACAAACAUCUUGUAUAUUAUAUGCACAUUACAGCGAGUUUGGGGAUCCCUGUCCACGUGUAACGAAACACUUGAAAGUGGGAUACGAUUGUCUAGGUUAACAAAAAUUUUGUAAUACAAUUUUUCAGCUCCUAAAAAAGAAAACUAAGUUUCGGGAUAAAUUUCGAUAUCCCUGUAUGUAUGUAUAUUUACUUUUAUUAAAUAAAUUUAAAUAUGUCAAAACAACAA